GCCGCCUCCGGCAUGGAUCAAUGCGUGACGGUGGAGCGUGAGCUGGAGAAGGUGCUGCACAAGUUCUCGGGCUACGGGCAGCUGUGCGAGCGCGGCCUGGAGGAGCUCAUCGACUACACCGGCGGCCUCAAGCACGAGAUCCUGCAGAGCCAGGGCCAAGAUGCUGAAUUAUCAGGGACACUUUCACUUGUUUUGACACAGUGCUGUAAAAGAAUAAAGGAUACCGUUCAAAAAUUGGCCUCGGACCACAAAGACAUCCACAGCAGUGUUUCUCGUGUUGGAAAAGCCAUUGAUAAGAAUUUUGAUUCUGACAUUAGCAGUGUGGGAAUAGAUGGCUGCUGGCAGGCAGACAGCCAAAGACUUCUCAAUGAGGUGAUGGUGGAGCACUUCUUUCGACAAGGAAUGCUUGAUGUAGCUGAGGAGCUCUGUCAGGGCUUUUGUGUGUGUGUCCAUAUAAUUUCCUGCAGUAAACCAUCAUUGAAGGAAUCUGGUCUUUCUGUAGACCCAAGUCAGAAAGAACCAUUUGUGGAGUUAAAUAGAAUAUUAGAGGCAUUAAAGGUCAGAGUUCUGAGACCUGCUCUCGAGUGGGCAGUAUCAAACCGGGAAAUGCUUAUAGCUCAAAACAGCUCCUUGGAAUUUAAGCUACACAGACUGUAUUUUAUUAGCUUGUUAAUGGGUGGAACCACAAAUCAGCGAGAGGCAUUACAAUAUGCUAAAAAUUUUCAGCCAUUUGCCCUAAAUCAUCAAAAAGACAUUCAGGUUUUGAUGGGAAGCCUUGUGUACCUGAGACAAGGGAUUGAGAACUCACCAUACGUUCACCUACUUGAUGCAAACCAGUGGGCUGAUAUCUGUGACAUCUUUACACGGGAUGCUUGUGCCCUCCUAGGGCUCUCUGUGGAGUCCCCUCUCAGUGUCAGUUUCUCAGCAGGUUGUGUGGCGCUGCCAGCUUUAAUUAACAUCAAAGCCGUGAUUGAACAAAGGCAGUGCACUGGAGUUUGGAACCAGAAAGAUGAAUUACCUAUUGAAGUGGACCUUGGUAAAAAGUGCUGGUAUCACUCUAUAUUUGCCUGCCCCAUUCUUCGUCAGCAAACAACAGAUAACAAUCCACCCAUGAAAUUGGUCUGUGGUCAUAUUAUAUCAAGAGAUGCCCUGAAUAAAAUGUUUAAUGGUAGCAAAUUAAAGUGUCCAUACUGUCCAAUGGAACAAAGCCCAGGAGAUGCCAAACAGAUAUUUUUCUGAAGAGAUAACUUUAGUUUGCAAUUUGUAAGUGAAACUGAAUUGUGGGCACAUUUCAGAAGAGAACGUUCCAUAUAAUGCAGCUAACCAAGGACUCCCAUGUUUCUAUAAGCUAAUGCUCCAGAAACUUUGCCAACCUGUUAGUGUACACACACUGAGGGGAGUGCUCCCAGUGAAUAUUAUCAUAGGGCUUUAUUAUAUUCUUGGUCUUCAUUUCUGAUCAAGUAAAUACACCAGCAGUUGUCAUUCAGUGCAGGUUUUUGUACUUAAUUAUAUGGUGAUUUUUUUACUUUUUAAGAGCAGAAACGGAAAUUGACCUCCCCACCAUGUGUUUAAUAUUUCUCCUGCUUUUACUUUUGUCAUUUUCUUGAUAAUUGUAAGCCUUGAGAGUGUUUGUGAACAAGUUUUAUUUUCUGUUAUGUGUACAUAAUUAAAUGAAAAGUUUUCAGAAAACGUUUGACGAAUUGUGGAUAAUGAAACUAAUUUGCAUUUUAUUUGCUUAAGGAAGAAAGCUGUGAUAGAUUCCAGAUUUGCUUUUUGAUGUUUUCCUCUGCUCCAGCUCCAAGAAGUCAGCACACCUGCAUUUUAGCUCUGCAUGCAGCCCCAGCAGGCUGCGUGUUAAAAAUUUCAUUGUUUAACCAGCUGGUGUGAGAAGUCUUCCAUUAGAGUGGAAGGAGUACUAUUAUUUGUUUUGUUUUGUUUUUUUUUGCUUUAUUGCCAAGAGGUGCUUGUUUUAAAAGUAUGUUUAAUAAAAUGAAAUUCUAAAGUUAGAGGUGUUCUUAAGUUGAUAUUUGCUCUCUUGGUCUUGGUAGCCCUAUUAUAUCAUUGCAGACACAGUGCUGUGCAUGUGUGUAUAUAUGUGCACCAGCAUCAAACAUUGUGUAUCUGGAAGGAAAGCAGCAUGUUCCAGUUCUAAAAUGCAGUUACCAGGCCCAUCACUUUAAAUCUUUAAAGUUAGAAGCUAGCAAAUUUUCUGUAGUGCAAAAUGUUUAUUGCUGUUUUUGUGUUUGAAUAGUAUAAUGUUCGAUGCCUCUCUUCUGCAAAGUGUAUCAUUUCAUUACUGUGAAUCUGUAUAUUAACCUAAUGGCUACAGAUAAUGAUCUUUUCUCUUGUGAGGUAUCUUCAUUUAAUGCACUGUCCAGAAAUAGCCAUGUGUAAGAGUCUCUCUGUAUGAUGAACUACAUGGAAAAGACUUCUGUGGACAUAAUUCUGACUUAAGCCCAUGAAGUUACUUCAUUAUAAGAAGAAUGUUACAUGGAAAUCACCAAAUAUUUUGUGACUUUAUUUCAUCUGACAUGGAGUGAAUAUCAAUAGGAAUACUUUCAUAAGAAAAUGAAAAAAGAAAACAGAAGCAAAGAGAAAUGUUGCGCUUCACACUUUAAACUACAAGUGGACUUAGUUUGAGGGAGGGCAAUCACAGAUUUGGUGCUAAUUAGAAACUGGCAGCAUUUACAGUAGUAUACCAGCCUGGAUGGUUUUUUCUGAACUGUUUACCUGGGAGAGCUGGGAUUUGUUUGUGAAGCGAAAGAGUACUGCGGAAAAGCUCUGUUUGCAUAAUAUACAGCUAGGCCUAUGUGGAUGGCCACUGCUUGCUAUGUGGGUUCUCCAGCAGUUGGGAUUGGCCCAGCUCAGAGUGCUUGUCUGGUCCAACCUCAGUCUGGCCCCAUAGCGACUUUUGCCCCACGAUUCUGCCUCACUGUUGGAAUCCUCUUUGAAGUUCCCCCUCUCUUUACUAAAGCAGUGAAGGAAGAGAACAGAGACAAACUCUGGACUGUGAAAGAGAAGGUAGAGAAUUCCAGGCAACAGUCUGACCAAGGGUGUAAACCAGUUUAUUAUAUAUAUACAUAUAUAUAUUUUUUUCCUUUGAAUUAAAACCUAGAGUAUUGUUUUUUUGUUUUUGUUUUUUACCCUUCCCUCCCUAGGCCAAGGUUAGCUUAUUCUCAUCUUUCCACCCCAUACACCUACACAGCAUUUAGGCUUCAUAUAAGGUUUGAAUGAGACAGAUGUACUCUGAAGGCUGGUGGUAAAUUUGUUUGGUGACCUAACACUUCUUACAGUUGGCUACUCUGAAGGCUGGUGGUAAAUUUGUUUGGUGACCUAACACUUCUUACAGUUGGCUUGGGCCACUUUUAAGGACAAAAGCCAGAGCUCAGCUUUAUCCCUCUCCUAAUGUUGGGAGUCAAAAAACUGUUGACAAGUUUUCUUGUGCAGCUCAUGAAAACUUUAAAAAGAACGUGCUUUAACUGAAGCAUUUGACUUUGCAGCUUUCUGUAUAAGGUCCUUGUACUCACCCUGGGCAGGGUGAGGGCCAAAAAAUCUGCAACUCAUGAAUCUGACAAUUUUAUAUAGAAAUUAUGUCUUGUGACCAUCCCUAAGUGCAUAGACCUAAAAUUCAUGAGAGACUAAAUGGGAGGGAGAGGUGGAGUAAAAGAGGCCAGACCUUAACCAAAGAUGCUGAGAUACAGCAUUCUGUCCUCCCUACCCUAGAAACUCCAUCAUAAAUGCUGUCACGACUCUUUCAACACUGAUGCUUUCUGCAUGUCAGCAGUACAGGAGGAUGCUUUUUGUCUCUCUUUGCCUCCACUUAAAAAAGAUAAUGACAGAGACAAGAUUUUAACAGUCACAUUUAAUUAUAAGGUGCAUCGAAGACAGAAUUUCAGAAUGGUUUCUAAAAUUUUCUUGGGAACUGUUUCUACAUAUCAGUUCUCCACAAAGGCCAUGAGACUAUGCUACACCAAUAAAACCUUAUUAGCAAGUCUUUAGAUUCUGACUUAGCCAGAGCAUCUGAGUGUUCAAGUACAGUUUUAUAGUGGCUAAGGUUGUCUCUUGAUCUUUUUUCUCUGUUGUGUGAUCAUCACAGAUCCUAUUUCUGUUGUUUUAUUGGUGAUUAUAUGAGACUUCUAAUACAUAAAUGAACGGGUAUUGGUGCCUCUUUAUUUUAAAAAUUUUGAAGAAAAGAGCCACCUCAUAUUCAUAGGGUGUGUAUUUUUUGAGUGUGUGAACAUUUAACUGAAAUAAGAAAGUUAUGAAGUAAAUCUUAACUUUUCUGUAGCAGCUAAUGUAUACAGAGACACUAAAACCUACACCACAUUUUGUGGGGAAUGAGGAUCCUCUUUUGUCCUCUCCAGGUAGUCCCGCAGGUUAGGCAGCUUAAGUUCAGUGUUCUUAUGCUGUGAAUCAUUUCCACCUCAGUGGCUUAGCCUUUGGGACAGUGGAUAGUGCAGCAACCAAGAACUCUUGGUUAACCGCACAAGACAAGCUGCUGGUAGACUACAUUAGCCCUCUGGUUUUCCAGCUCAACCUCUGAUAAAGUGGACUGAUAGCCACGCUGCUCAGUCUGUUUAGUCAGCCGACUCAGGUUAUUUUCAGGGAAGGCAUGGAGGCAUAGUUUGGUUAGUUUCAUCACUAUGAUGUGUAAGGUGACGACACAAACCAAAUACCUUUCAUCACUUAACUAUACGUAUGUUAUCUCUGGUAACACUAGAAUGCUGUGGUCUUGAGGGAGUGUUAGCAAGGAACAUAUAGAAGGUUUGGUGUUUCAUAAGCCUGUCUAGCUGCAGCAGGUUUUGUGUGGUACACUGAUGUUUACCAUAAGCCGGUACAAGCUUCAUGAACCGUUCUUAAUGAACAAUUGACUAGAUACCAAAAAUAGAAUGACAAAUGUAUUUUAAUAGCAGACAAGGCAGUUAGUUUUAGGAUGAAUAUUCCACUGUUGAUUUUACUUCAAGACAUAGCAAGAGACACAAAAUUUUGUUUGCAAGACAUUUCCGCUACAGUUUCAAGCUGUAGUGGGCAUAUGCUUCAUUUACUUCCAAAGAGGCAGGAGCAGCUGGAAUUGGCUUACAGCACAUGCUUUGUUUCAUGUUGUGGGUGAGGACCCAUACAUUCUUAUUUUAACAGUCACUUAACCUUCUCCAGCAAGGCAGUUGUGGGGUUCACUAGGAUUUAGUGCCUGAUCUUUUCUUUGGGAAGGGGGGGAGGGAAGCAGAAGAAAAUGGGAGCGUGAGUGAGUGUGCAUGUGUCUGAAAUUCACCAUUGCCCCCACCUGUACCUAGCAAGGAACCAGGUGUUUGAUGUAUUUUGCUCAUGACUGCAGUAUGCAUGUAUUUUUUUUUCCUUUUCUGUGUUUUCUAAAUUUACACUAAAGGAUUCAUCAAAUCAUCUUGUUCAGAUGGCUCAGGAUUGUAUUUAUUUUGCUUACCCCGUGCUCUUGGGUUCUAUAGUAUUUCUAUAAUUAUGUAAUGAGAAUAGUGUUGCACUGUAAUCUAUCAUAUAGAGCUAUAUGUAUGGAAAAUUUUGAUCAAUUUUUUACAAAAUGUAUCCUGUUUGCAAAGGCACAAUAAAGUUGCAUCUUAUAGACUAUAGGCAAUAAAGCUAACAAUAAACCUUAUUUAACACAAACCACAUCCAUAUCCUCUGUUCAUUUGAUUUUGGAAAAAGUCUAGCAUAUUCAGUAGUUUCAGGGAAUUCAUUUUAACUUUAAGAAUUCUGAUAUAUUUAAUUUAUAAAUUUCUGACUGAUACAGAGUUUUGGAAAACUAUAAGAAAUGCUUUGUUAAUGUGUGUAUUCCUCUGUAAAACACAUGGCUUCUCCUGUGUAUAUUUUUAAAAAUUAAAGAAAUGCACAUUUAAAAAGUG